AUGCCUAAAUUCAGAGAAUUAACUAUGGAUAAUCGUGAAGAAAAAAUUAAACGAUUAAAAGAAGCUAGAUCAAAAUACACUGAAUUGACGCGAUUAAAGUUAAACAAAACAACAUCUUCCAGAGAGUUUCACCUUGGCCAAAUACGAAAAAUUGAAAGUAAUUUUAGACCGUUACAAGAAAAUUUUGAUAAAAAUUUGGAAAGCAAUAUUGAAUGUGCCACUCCAAAGUCAUGUCGUGUUUUACCAAAAUCGAAGCAAACAUUCCCUGGUACAAAAGUAAUGAAUGAUUUUCUGAAGGGAAAAGUAGAAAAUAUUGAAAACGUUGCUGUUACUGAUGCAGGAAAACGACGAGCCAUGGAGCUACUACAAACAAUAGUAAAAAAAAAUGAUCAAGUAUCGGAGAAAUCAAAUAAUGAUAACAAAGAAAAACACAUAUAUAAUUCACCUCACCAUCCUGUAAGUAAUGAACAAACAUUGACAUGUGGAAUUACAAAUUCUGUAAAUAAAAUAAAAUCUAGCAAGAAAGUUUGUUUUGCAGAUGACUUUGUACCUAUCACACACAAUAGAGAUAAUAUAUUAUCAAAUAAUUUUAACUGUGAAACACCUAUAUCAGGUAGAUUAUCGAGACAACCAAAACAGUCAAUUAUUGGUAUAAGACAACCAAGGAGCACUAAUAUUUCAGGAAUAACAAGGUCAAUUGAUGAUGUUCCUGUGACGGAAGAAGGGAGAAAAAAGGCAAUGGAACAUCUAUAUAGGCUUAUUGAGACUAGUAGUUCCUGUAAUCGAACAAACUUAUAA